AUGUCACCGAACGCGUCCGAGGGCAAUGCAAAGGCUAAUGGCGCUGCCGAGAGCAUUAAGUCGGUCCCUGAUGUUGCGAGCGUGCCGAACCCGAACAGCUCUAUCAUCGGCCCUUGGACAGUGGACAAAGCCCUAGGCGCGGAUCCAGCAGCGCGGCCCGCCGAAGGUUCGGCCUCACCAUUGCCGUACUUCCACCUUCUGGAACGCCUCAAGACGAUGAAGCGCGAGGGAUGGCGGCGAUUUGGUAUUCGGAACGGAGAGUCGAUCGCCGAUCACAUGUACCGCAUGUCCCUCAUGACUAUGCUCGCCCCGCCGGCUCUCGCCGCGAAGCUGGACAUGGCGAAGUGCAUGAGAAUGUGCCUGAUCCAUGACAUGGCAGAGUCGGUUGUCGGCGACAUCACGCCGGUCGACGGCGUGUCGAAGCCCGAAAAGAGCCGGCGCGAGGCCACGACCAUGGACUACAUCACGGGAGGACUACUGGGCAAGGUCGACGGCGGCAGCGCUGGCCAAGACAUCCGCGCCAUCUGGCAGGAAUACGAGGAUUCCGAGACGCCGGAGAGCCACUUUGUCCAUGACAUUGACAAGAUAGAACUCCUCCUACAGAUGGUCGAGUACGAGAAGCGCGGCGAGGGGAAGCUGGACCUCGGCGAGUUCACGUAUGUCGGGACCAAGAUCGUCCUAGAUGACAUCAAGAUCUGGGCCGCGGAGCUGCUCAAGGAGCGCGAGGCCUUCUGGGACGGACAUGCGCACAUCAAGGGCGAUGAGGGCGUCGCGGGCGGUGUCGCCCCCGACCACAGAAAGAUGCAAGACGAAUACUACUCUAAGUAA